AUGGUUCAUUACAUCCAUCAGCCAAACCCGGCAGGUCCGACGGGUGUACGGUGUGGUAAACGGUGCACAAUCCUCCCGAGAUCGAUUCAUUGCAAUCACUCGUGCCCGGAUCGAUGUGGUUGUAUUUACGCAAAGCUAGACUAUGCGUUACAAGUAGGGCCGGAACGGGCGGAACGGUUAGCACCGAAUGCAUUGCUGGAAGAUCCCACCGGGAAAGACACCGAUGUACAGUGGCAACCGAUGGGCAAUCAACUCACAACGAAACCUAUGCACUGUAAGGUACACGUGUAUCAGGGACGGAUAUUUGCUGGAUUGCUUGACGCGGAGCGGUGCAGCGCUAAACUAACCGUACUGUUUGAAAACUACGAAAUGGCGCUCUCGCCUAUUCCCAACACACUGUCUCCGCGUUGGAAUGAAACGGUAGAGUUCCAGAAUGUGCCAUUUACCAUGUCUAGCAUAGCGAAUAAUGAAUCGGGCCAGAAAUGUACUAUUAUGUUUAAUUUGCAAUGGGAAGGAAAGGAGACGGUUAGCAAUGCAGUCGGCUGGUUGGAAACAACAAUAAAACUCUUAGGAACAGAAGAACUAAACAUUGAAGUUGAAGCAACUCGUGGCAAUAAAUCCAAUGGUUUAAAGAAUAACCGGUCUGCGCAGAAUGAAGAUUUACCAACAUUCAAACCUUAUUUGCAAUGGGUUCCCCUUUUCCUUAAAGGAAUUAAGAUCGCGGAAAUAUUGGUUUCAUCCAAUGUCGUUGAGCUACCUUUACCAACGGAGAGUGAAGAACGAACGGAAGCUGAAUGUCUUCUUGUACAUGGUUUACCACCGGAUAUUGCCCCACGAUUGUGCACAUAUAGAAUUCGUGUACGAUUUGUUGGUCUUAGGCAAAUGCAAACCCUUCCGUACAGUAAAAUAAAAAAGUCACGAAUGUUGUUAACACUUGGCGAUGCCAGCAUUCUGAGCGGAACUGCAAGAAUUGUUUACGGAAACGGGGCCAUUUUCUCCGAAGUGCUUGAAUAUUGCACUGUACGUCUUCCAGUGAAUACAAGCUAUUGGCCAUUGAUGACUAUCAAGCAUAUUGAUUUUACCGACGAGAAGCGUCCAAAAACAAUAGGGAAUGCGAUCGUAAACGCAUCAGAACUGGUUGUAGACGAUUCCAUAAGGCCUGAAGCUUGUGCAGAAAGCUCAACGGUUAUUGAUGUAGAUCAGGAAGAAAAUGUAACUCUAAUUCCAACUGAUGUACUAAAUAGAACCUACAACUGGACAAAUGUUCGUGAUGCAAUACAGAAACAAGUUGAAGGUUUCACCGUUACCAGUAAACCUGCGAAAAGACUGCGAUCGGAUAAUUUAGAGCUCACGUGGUGGACAAAGUUUUACAGCACUCAAAUGGCAAAGAAUGAUGUAACUCAUUCUCUUAAGGUUUACGAUAAAGAGUUGGAGAGUGUAGAGGAGUUUGAAGGGUUUAAAGAUUGGAGUGGAAGCUAUUCGCUACAUAGAAUCAAACGACGGAAGAAAAAUGCCCUUGUGAAGCAGCUGUAUGGUGCCAUCAAAUGCGACAUUCAAAUCAGUUCCUUAGUGAAAACAUCAACGCCACUGUAUAUGCCCAAAGAGAGAAUAUUGCCCUCAACUUCGGACUCUGUAGAAAUUGUAGUUGUCGUUUACGUUGUACAAGCUUUGAACCUUUCGUCGCGUGACAUUCUGUCAGAAUCGGAUGCAUAUAUCGUGCUGUCGUACGGCACUCAGCGUGUUCGCGAUCGGGCAUUUUACAUCCCCAAUCAAGCAUCUCCAGUGUUCGGUAGACGAUUCGAAAUGCACGGCACGCUGCCCAGAGAUCAAAUGCUGCACCUGUCGGUAUAUGACAGAGACUUUGCCUCUUCGGACGAUCUUAUCGGGAGCACGUACAUCGACAUUGAGGAUCGUUUCCGGAGCAAACAUUUGCCAUCGUUUGGAUUGCCCCACAUCUACACCACCAGAGGUUACAAUAGAUGGCGCCACCAGCUGAAACCUUCCGACCUGCUACUAAAGGUAUGCGAACAGCAUGGAAUGGCAAAACCGCGCAUAACGGGUGGCAAGCUCUACAUUGGCGAGCAAGCAUUCGACGCCGACGGUCUGGACGCUGAUGAAUGUCAAACGGAACAGUUAUGCCUUCGGGCGCUGAAUAACUUCAGUCACGUUGCCAACGGGUUUUCCUUAACGCCCGAACACGUGGAAACUCGUUCACUGUAUCAUCCCAAGCGAGGUGGCAUUGAGCAGGGUAAGGUGCAGCUGUGGAUCGAACUGUACGCACCUAAUCAGCCGCAUCCGCUGCCACUCGACAUUACGCCUCACCCGCCGAAACCCUACGAACUGCGGCUGAUCGUCUGGAACACGGCCGAUGUGAUGCUAGACGAGCGUAACAUUUUCGGCACAGAGAUGAGUGACAUCUACGUGAAAUGCUGGCUGCAGGAGUUCACGGACGCUCAGUACACGGACGUCCAUUACCGGUCGCUAACCGGCGAAGGAAACUUUAACUGGCGCAUGGUGUUUCCGUUCCGUUACUCACCCGCCGACGGCAUGCUGGUGCUUCGUCGCAGAAAGGCUUUCUACGAGCAAUACGAUACCGAGCUCAAGUAUCCCCCGGUACUGACCGUGCAGGUUUGGGAUAAUGAUUCAUUUUCGGCAGAUGAUUUUCUCGGCACGAUGGAGCUCAAUCUCGCGCAACUGCCCGUCCCAGCCAGCACGCCCGAUGCGUGUAAACUUACCCGAAGCCUAUCAUUACCAGGCGGCAGCAGUACCGCAGGUGGUCGUUUGAACAUGUUCGAGGAGCGCCGUGUCAGGGGAUGGUUUCCAGUACAUGGCAAACGCACGUCAAACAUUGAGGCAGCCGAUCGACAGCAUGCCGGUGACGUAUCGCUGACGGGUAAGAUCGAACUGGAGCUGGAGAUACUCAGCCAAGAAGAUGCUUCCCAGAAUCCGGCUGGUGUUGGUCGCAAACCACCGCAGCAUCUUCCUGAACCCCUGCGUCCGGAAGUGUCUUUCCAUUGGUUACGGCAGCCGGCGAAAACAUUCAACAAGCUGGUGUGGCCCCGUGUACGAAACUCGUUCAUCUGGAUUGGUGCGGUAAUGUUGCUGUGUUUGCUCAUUUACGGGUUGGUGGCGAAUGUGCCAACCGUCUUUAUGGUUCGAUCGCUGGAACAGCGACGUUCAUACGAGAGGAGCUCUUUCGAAGGUUAG